AUGCGGCUGGAGAGCACAACACUCAAGUUCACUGAGCAGAAAAGAGACAUCUACAUUCAGGGUGUAUCAGGGUCCACACUAACCCAAGCCACCCGACUCAAGAAACGCCAUGCAACCCAACCCGAAGCAAGCCACUCACCCGAAGCUACCGACCCAACCAAACUAACCCAAGCCUUUCACCCCAAGCCAUCGAGCCAACCAACCUACCCGAAGACACCCGACCCAAUCCAAGCCACACGACCUAAGCCACCCAAUUCAAGCCACCUAACCCAUCUAACCCAAGCCACCCAACCCAAGUCAUCUUCCCAAGCCACCCAACCAAGCCACUCAACCCAACCAACCUACCCCAAGCCACUCAACCGAACCCACUUACCCCAAGCCACUCAACCAAGCCACUCAACCCAACCAACCUACCCCAAUCCACUCAACCCAAUCCACUCAACUCAAGCCACUCAACCCAACCAACCUACCCCAAUCCACUCAACCCAAGCCACUCAACCCAAGCCAGCCGACCCAUCCAGCCCGGAGCGUCGGGACGUGACUGGCCAUAGCAGGCAGUUCUUCCGCCAGGCUUUCGUCCGACAAUCUGUAAACAGGAUCCCGGAGUGA